AUGACGGUGACAGGCCCGAGCUGGGACAAUUCGACAUUCUCGGGCAACACCACCACCAUCGAUCCGAACGCGACGCUAUGGGUUAUCCCGCCGAAGCCCGGGAGAUCGCUGCAAGCUGACGUUGUCGCCUGCGCCGUAAUAACGUUUCUGAUCGCCUCGUCGUUUGUGGUGCUGCGCUUCUACACCCGAGGCCGCCUCAACCAUGUGCUUGGCGCGUCGGAUUGGUGCAUCCUGCCGGCUCUGCUGUGCGCAGCUGGUGUCACCGCCAGUUCACUUGAGCAGAUGGUCCACGGCGCAGGGAGGCACGCGUGGGAGAUCGAUGUGUUCCAGCUACCGGCAUUUGAGAAGGCGGCCUGGUACGGCAUCUUCUUCUACAACUUGAGCCUCACCCUAACGAGGAUAUCAAUCCUGCUGCUCUACAAGCGCAUCUUCACAUACACCUGGACCAAGCGGGCCAUUCGGAUCGUCUUGGUCCUGGUCAUCGCCAUUGGGAUAUGGUUCGUUGUGUCGGUAUGCACAGCUUGCAUGCCGCUGCAGGCCUUUUGGGACUGGUCCUUGUAUUGGACGACAUUUGUCUACUGCCAACCCCCCAACCUGUGGUGGGCAAAUGCGGCUCUCCAUAUCGCCAGUGACCUUGUCGUCAUGGCGCUUCCAAUGCCCGUGCUCUCAUCACUCAGCCUCCCCAAGAGACAGAAGUAUGCCGUCGUCGGCGUGUUCGCCCUAGGUUUCUUUGUCUGCAUCAUCUCUAUAGUACGCCUCGUCGCAUUAAUACAGCAAACCGAGCAGCAAAACUGGGACGCAACCUACACCAGCGCCGGCUUGAUCUACUGGACGACAGUCGAAGUGAACGCCGCCAUAUCGUGUGCCUGCAUCAUGACCCUCAAACCGCUUAUCCAGCGCAUCUUCCCCCGCCUCCUCUCCCCCAGCAAAUGCAUGCGCGAGCCGACACUACAGUGGAUCACCACGAUCAACAACCAGGACAGCACCACCACCACCACCACCAACAACAACACCACCAACAACACCAGCAACACCAACCCCCAUCACCGCAACUCCCAACACCAACACUAUUUCGCCACCGCCCUACGACAUCUGGACAACACGCAGCAACGACGACCCAGCGACACUCCAUCCACCACCAAGACCAGGCGAGGCAGCAACAGCGGGCUGCUGCAGCACGCCCACGCCCACGACCAGGACCAGCUCGACCAGAUGGAGAAAUCGCGCUACUACCACGGUGUGAUCAAGCCGUCGUUAUCGCCGGGGGGUGAGUACGACCUCGACCACGACCUCGAUCUGGAAGCCCAGCGCACGUGCAGCGUCGCGUCGACUAGUAGCCACGAACAACCCCAUGAUGAUGAUGAUGAUGAUGACGAUUCGCCCCUUGGGCCUGUUACUACUAGUAAUUCGAGCUUUGGGGGCGGAAUAGUGGCAGGGGGAGAAGGAUUAGGGGGGUUGAGACUACCGCCGAGAGCACACUUAGCAGCAGCAGCAGCAGCAGCAGGAGGAGGAGGAGGAGGAGGAGGAGGCUUGACAAUCCGUGUGACCAAGGAGGUGGUCGUGCAGAAAUGGCCUAGGAGUUCGCUUGCCAGCUCUGGCGGGCAAUCGUAUGGGGAACCGGAGGUGGAGUUACGGGAGGGAGUGGGAGUGAAGAAGGUUGCGAGUUGA